AUGGAAGAAUCAGAGGAAAAUAAUAGAGUCAGAUGGAACAAUAUUGAAGUAGAUAAAUGUUUUCUCGAAGCAUGUAUCCAAGAAGUUGCUCUCAAUGGCAGGGAAGGAGGAAGCCUUAAGGCUGAAUCUUGGGCCAAGAUUAUGGAUACUCUCAAGAAUAAUUAUAAUUUUGUGGUUUCUCAAAGACAAAUGAAGAAUAGAUACGACUACUUAAAACAAAAGUAUCAAGCUUGGUUGGCGUUAACAAUGAAAACAGGCAAUAUUUACAAUCAUGCGACCAACACCAUCAACAUGACGAAGAAUGAGUGGACAGAGUAUAUAAAGGCUCAUCCUAAGGCAAAGAGUUUAAGACUUGCCCCCUUACCGUAUCCUGACCUUUGUAGAACACUAUUUGAUGGAACCACUGCUACAGGGGUUCAUUCUUGGGGUCCUAGUUCCCAAGACCCAAAUCCUGGGACUAGCUCAUUUUCUUUAACUGUUCGAAAUGCGGAACAAAAUGACAUAGAAGAUAUUUUGUUUGGUGAUGAAGAUGAAACUUUUGUCCCUACCACAGACACUCAGAGUAAUGAUUCCAACCAUCACUCACGAGGAGAAGAGCCUAAAAAGAAAAAGAAAAAGAUCCGACCUUCGUCUAGUGAUAAUAACUUAAUAGAAGAGAAGUCAGCUGCUUUGAAGUUAAUGAUAAAAAAAAACAGUGGACCGUCAGUUACAGAUUGCAUUGCUAAAUUGGAUGAACUUGGAUGGGAUAAAGAAGACAUCUUUUAUGUGUCUGCUGUUGUGAUAUUUGGUAGUUGCGCGGGACAUAGAGAAGCUUGGAUGGCGUUUCCUAAGGAUAAUGUGGGCGUUCUGAAAAUUAUUGGGCAUAAUAAGCGUCUUCGUGUGGUGAAGCGUAGAUUUCAACACUCUUCACAAACAGUUCAUGCGUGUUUUCACGAAGUGUUGAGUGCAAUGAUGAAUAUGGCAAGGGAGGGAGCAGUUGGUGCACUUGAUGGAACAUUAAUACCUGCCAUUGUUCCAAUUUCACAGCAGACUAUGUAUAGGGGUAGAGGAAAGGGAGAAUGCUGGGAAGGGGUAACACAUGAUUCAAGAGUCUUAACAGAUACAGUUGCUGAUCCAAGAAACGGGUUUCCAUGGCCUCCACCUGGUAAAUACUAUCUUUGUGAUGCUGCAUAUACACAUACUAGAGGAUUUAUGGUUCCAUAUCGUAAUGUACGAUAUUGGUUAGGAGAUUAUCGUCGUAGGCGUCCUUUAACUAAAGAAGAAAGAUUUAACCAUGCUCAUGCUCAACUAAGAAAUGUUAUCGAACGAGCUUAUGGAGUUCUGAAGAAAAGAUUUUCGAUUUUACAAAAAAUGGCCCCUUUUUCGUUUAAUGUGCAGAGAAAUAUAGUGAUUGCUUGUUUUGCGGUGCAUAAUUUUAUAAGGAAAGAGCGUAUAAGUGAUACACUUUUUGAGGAAUUUGAUCAACCUAAUAUGCCAUUUGACGGUACGAAUGAGGAUGAGCAAAACCUUGUGAAUGAUGGUACAACUACUGGGCCAUGGUGGGGGGACGAAGACAUGCAAUACAUGGCAAAUGUGCGCGAUGAGAUAGCAACCCGAUUGAUGCCUGGAGGAACCAGGACCAAUUAG